UAAAAGGCAAAGCGGAUGGCAGUUUUAAAAUAAGUCUCGUGUUGUUCUUUCCUAUGUGUGGGACAGCUGCAUGAAUGUGUUGGCCUUGUAGAUAAAUCAGCCCCCGUAAAAUGUUUGCAGAAACGGCGUGGGUAGGUUCAGUGCAUUGUCUACCUUCAGUGAUAACAUUUAAUGUAUCUAUCAGCACAGAUGCAGAAUGCAGGAAGCAACUAUGUGGCCUGCAAGUAACGGAUGUGUUAUUGGCCAAGGAGGUUUGACGUGCCUGAUGUUUUACUGGGUCCUAAUGCUAGGCGGCUUCUCUGGUAGCCACAGCCGCUUAGUUUGAUAUUCCAGUGGUGCACAGACUACACAAGGACUGUCUGAGCGCCACCUCGCGAGGAUCGGUUGCUGGUGGAUAAUACAGAUUUGCCACCGGGGGUUGUGAAAGGAGACAUGCCGUCGCUGAGCAUCCGUUGCGACGCUUGACUGACCAUGAUGAAGACCGAAUCCACAUCCAAGAGCACCGGCUCUGGCUCUACGCUCAGGAGCCCAUCCCCGCACAGGAACGCGUACGAGGCGGGGAUGCAGGCCCUGAAACCCGUCAAAGAUAAUGCUGCGAACGGGGACCUGCAGGAGGGCCCCCGAGGGCGCAGGUACGGCUCCAAUGUGCACCGAAUCAAAAACAUGUUCCAGCAAAUGCAGACCACAUCCCCAGCCGCCGAUGCAGAGGGAGAGGACGUCGCCAGGAACGCCGACAAAUCGGUGCGCCUCUCCCUCCCAAGAGCCGGGAGCCUAAACGAGAACGUGGACCACAGCGCGCUGCUGAAGCUCGGAUCCACCGUGUCCGAGCGCGUUAACAAGUUCGACAAACCGGAGAGCGGGCACCAGCGGGCCUCGUCACCCAGCUACUCCAAGCUGCAGGAGACCCGCCGCAUCUUCGAGCAGCAGCAGCAGGAGAGGCAGCAGCAGGAGAAGCUGGCCACCACCAGGGUCCUACUGAAGACAGACAAGGCCUCAGGCUUCCAGGAUAGCAGGUUGGACGUGGUGGCUCGUUUCAACGGCAGCACAGAGUCUCUGGACAGCCUUGACACCAGCGAGGCCGUGUCCCCUACAGUCAGCCAGCUCAGUGCUGUGUUUGAACGGGCAGCCGAGCUCCGGAACAACCUCCACCGCCUCUCCUCGACCCCACCACUCCCUUCCCGGGGGGUCAGCACCAAGGUGGGUGUGUUGAACUCCAAAAUAAUCACAAAGAGGGUUAGUGCCUUUGCAGCAGGCAACCAGGAGGAAGAAAUCAGCAAUCAGAAUGGCCCAGAGGGGCCUCCAAGGGGCCCCAGGGGUAGGGUGACUCCCCCAUCAGAAAGCAUUAAUGGGGACCAAAGUGUUGGCCAAAACGCCCCAACUACUGACCUUUUCAGUACUGUAGGAGAGCCAAAUGAGCAGAGAGAAAAGACUGUUUCAGAUGCAGGUGUUGAGGCAAAAGCUGAGGUUAAACCUGAGGAACACUCUGGGGCCAAAGACCAUAGUAGCUCAGCACUGCAAGGUGACAUCCACAUCUCUGUGGAGAAUGGAGAAACCGCUGCUGAGAAGCAAAGCUCUCCAAAAGGUGGUGAGAUGCUUAGGCAGGAGGGGCAGAUGGUGAAGGAUGCUGAGGAGGAAGACAGGACUCUCAGAGACGACCAGUCGGGGCGAGAUUCUGUGGAUAUCAGUACCUACAGCGCUGUGGGGGAGGACUUUGGGGGAAGCCAGGCUGAUGAGGAGGAAGUAGAUGACCGCUACGAGCCUGAGUCCAGCUGUGUGGAGAUUGUUGGGCUGCCUGUGGAGGAGGACCCACCCCCUUCCAGGAAGAUCCGCUUCAGCGUGGAGCCCAUCAAGGUGUUUGCCACCUACCCCAACGAGGACUAUGACAGGCGUAAUGAAGACGUUGAUCCCAUGGCAGCGUCUGCUGAGUACGAGCUGGAGAAGAGGGUGGAGAGGCUGGACCUGUUCCCCGUGGAGCUGGAGAAAGAUGGCGAUGGCCUGGGCAUCAGUAUCAUCGGGAUGGGUGCAGGGGCUGACAUGGGCCUGGAGAAGCUGGGCAUCUUUGUCAAGACAGUCACAGAAGGAGGAGCAGCACACAGGGAUGGCAGGAUCCAGGUGAACGAUCUGAUUGUGGAGGUGGACGGGACCAGUUUGGUGGGAGUCACCCAGAGCUUUGCCGCCUCUGUACUCAGGAACACCUCAGGAACUGUCAAGUUUGUCAUCGGGCGAGAGAAGCCGGGAGAACAGAGCGAAGUGGCCCAGCUCAUCCAGCAGACCCUGGAGCAGGAACGCUGGCAGAGGGAGAUGAUGGAGCAGCGGUACAACCAGUACAUGGACGAACAAGAGGGUGGUGAAUAUGGCACAGAUGAGGAAGAGGACGAGGAUGAGGAGGUCAGUCCGCCGUAUCCCAGCGCCAUCGAGGUGUUUGACUUGGCAGAGAACGAGGACAUGUCGCCUCUGGAGACAGACCCUGAGAAACUGGCCCAUAAAUACAAAGAGCUCCAAAUAAAGCAUGCUGUGACCCAGGCUGAGAUCCAACAGCUGAAAAGAAAGCUGCACCACGCGGAGCAGGAGAAGCAACGCUGGCGAAUGGAUAAGGCCCAGCUGGAACAGACCCUGCAGGAGAACAAGGAGCGUAUGGAGAAGCUAGAGGGCUACUGGAUGGAGGCUCAGAGCCUGUGCCAGGCGGUGGACGAGCACCUGAAGGAGACACAGUCCCAGUAUCAGGCCCUGGAGCGCAAGUACAGCAAAGCCAAACGCCUGAUCAAGGAGUAUCAGCAGAAGGAGAUUGAGUACCUGAAGAAGGAGACCCAGCGCUGUGCACAAGUUGGAGCUGAGGCCUCUCUUCUGAAAGAGGAGUCUGGACAACUUCAAGAGCAGGUGGCUGACCUGGAGUGCAGGGUGGAAGAGCUGAAAUCUGAACCUUUAUAAAAGCCUUUGUCCGUUACGUAUCUCAGAAGGCAGAAGAUAGUGUUAUUGUACUUGCAAUGACCUGCAGGGUAUUUCUUGUCUCCAACUUGAGCUUGGUUUCUGGUUGCAUACUGUAUAUGUGUCCUCAGGCUUUGUAUUUCAGCCACUUAACCCUUUUAACCAUGUUUUUUUGUUAACAUUUAUGGGAACGUGAAGAACAGUUUUAUCAUCACAAAUACAGACUCUGUUGAGCUCUAGAUGUGUACUGUUCCUUUUUAAUUUCCAGAGUUCAGUAUUUAAUCCCUUAAUUUGUGGUUUUGUGACAGACCAGGCCGUUGCUUUUAAUUGCCAAAAAACAAUUUCCUUUCUUUCUUUUGCCUAGUUUUGUGACCUUUUUUCUGAGUUUGUACAGAUGUGAUACUGUGUGGUUUAACAAUCAGUUUGGUUUGUAAAAAUUUUAAUAUAACAUUUAACAUAAUAUAAACUAAUGAGAUUGAGGGUUGUUGUAUAUUUUAUGUGAUGAAGAUGUGUACAUUGGACGGAGAUUGCACUGAAGAAGACGUCAACAAGGUGCUUCACUGGAUUGGAGGAAUAAACUGGAACAGUGUUUGAGGUGUCUUCGAAAUUGUACAAACAGUAAACCAACCUUCGUAGGGGUCUUGUCACUUAACCUUGAGAACCACCUGCUGCCUACCUUUCAGAAGUGUUUGUGUGUUUUUUACACAUUAAGACUCAUUAAUGAGCGUCCAAUCCUCCGGUUUCAACCCCUCGCUUCUUUCAAAAAAGGACCACAGAAAAAAGCCUCCACAACUGCUGUGCCACAAAUGAAAAUGGAUCUCUUUUUUCCCCUCAAAAUGGAUGUUGUCAAGGACUUGUGUAACUGGUAUUAGUUAGGACUACUGAAAUAAGAAACAUUACUGGACUGGGAUGUUAAAGAAGCCGUUACCAGCAGCAAACUUAUAGAUUUAAAAAGCUUGUGUCUUUAACCAGCAGCUGCACUUGACACCGCUGUGUGUAGCACAUGGAAAACACUGCCAGGUUAAUACCUGUUUCAAUUUACGCACAGUUUAAAAUGAAAUCUGAGUCUACUUGUGUCAACUGUCAUACCCAGUAUGUUUGUAUAGUUCAGGUAAGACUGAAAAUUUUAAUUUUACUUAAUAUUUAUAAUAUAGUCAAGGUGGAAAUAUGAGCUAACAAGGACAAAAACUGACAAAAUCAAUGCAAAAAGCAGUGUUCAAUAGACAGUUAUACUGUGUCAUGUAAAAGAAGUAGAUCUUGAUGACUACAAAAACAAAAUUAAGAUUAAUGAAUUGAAAAAAAACAGGCAUGGUUACGAGUAUUUUCAUAAUAUUAAGGCUUGUACAGUGCACAUGCUUUGCAUUGUAUGUUUUGUGGAAUAAAUGGUCAACAGUGA